CUUACUGUCAGUACUUUGCGAUAUAUUCCAGGAUUUUGGACAGGUGCUUCGUUUAAAACCAAUCCUACCAAGUUCCCAGCAAACCUGGAGCAGCUUCGACGACAACAUUUGGAGUUGUGUCAUCUCGUGGACAUUCUAGAUCGUCCUAUGAGAAUGCUCUAUCUUUAA